GCGGUGCAGCACCGGCCGCGGGAGCAGGGAGUAUUAUGGGCUGUGGGUGCCGCUGAGCAAGAUGGAGCUGUCUGCAGUGGGCGAGCGGGUCUUCGCGGCCGAAUCCAUCAUCAAACGGCGGAUCCGAAAGGGACGCAUCGAGUACCUGGUGAAAUGGAAGGGGUGGGCCAUCAAGUACAGCACUUGGGAACCCGAGGAGAACAUCCUGGACUCGCGGCUCAUUGCAGCCUUCGAGCAGAAGGAGAGGGAGCGUGAGCUGUAUGGGCCCAAGAAGAGGGGACCCAAACCCAAAACUUUCCUCCUGAAGGCGCGGGCCCAGGCUGAGGCCCUCCGCAUCAGCGAUGUGCACUUCUCUGUCAAGCCAAGCGCCAGCGCCUCUUCGCCCAAGCUGCACUCCAGCGCGGCCGUGCACCGGCUCAAGAAGGACAUCCGCCGCUGCCACCGCAUGUCUCGCCGCCCCCUGCCCCGCCCCGACCCCCAGGGUGGCAGCCCUGGCCUACGCCCCCCCAUCUCACCUUUUUCUGAGACGGUGCGCAUCAUCAAUCGCAAGGUAAAGCCUCGGGAGCCCAAGCGAAACCGCAUCAUCCUCAACCUGAAGGUGAUCGACAAGGGCACAGGCGGAGGCAGCACCGGGCAGGGGGCCGGAGCCCUCGCUCGCCCCAAAGUCCCCUCAAGGAACCGUGUCAUCGGCAAGAGCAAGAAGUUCAGUGAGAGCAUCCUGCGCACCCAGAUCCGCCACAUGAAGUUCGGCACCUUCGCGCUAUACAAUAAGCCCCCGCCUGGCCCUCUGCCUCCCCAGCCAGCGGGCAAGGCCGAUGCUGCGGCCUCCCCGGGCCCCGGGCUGCUCCUGGCCGCCCCCGCUGCCCCCUACGACGCCCGCAGCUCCAGCUCCUCCGGCUGUCCCUCACCAGCACCGCAGUCCUCCUCCGACCCUGACGACGCGCCCCCCAAGCUGCUCCCUGAGACCCUGAGCCCAGCUGCUCCCGACUGGCGUGAGCCCGAAGUGCUUGACCUGUCCAUCCCUCCUGAGGCCGCGGCUGCCAGCAAGCGGGUGCCUCCCGACGUCCCUGCUGACGCGGGCCCGGCGCUGCCCACGGCCCCCGAGCCUGCCAGUGCCGCCUCCGAGCCUGAAGCUGGGGACUGGCGCCCUGAGAUGUCACCCUGCUCCAACGUGGUGGUCACCGACGUCACCAGCAACCUUCUGACAGUCACUAUCAAGGAAUUCUGCAACCCUGAGGAUUUCGAGAAGGUGGCUACUGGGGUAGCAGGUGCCACUGGGGGUGGUGGCAGCAGUGGGGUGAGCAAAUGAGGGGGCUCCACCAAGGAGGGGGGCUUGGGGGGGCCCUCCUGCCCAAAGUCCUACGUUUGCUCCCGUGCCCACCCCUGCCCUCAGACACCUCUGCCUGUGCUUUGCUUGUUUCAGAUGGCUCGGUGUUGCCCCCCGGGAUGGGGCUGGGCAGUUGGAGCCCCCCGAAGCCCAGUGGGAGCAGCAGUCCUGGAACGGGUUAGGGCUGGGGUGGGGCGAGGGCACUUGGAAGUCCUCCCUCUUGCCCCUUGGCACCCUCCUGCCCGUGUAUGGUGGGGCCUGCUGGGUGGCUCUUCCGGAGCCCCCGAACCUGGGGUUCAGCUGCCUCCUCCGCAUCCCACUCUGUCUCUCCCCAGCUUGCUUCCAGCUCUCGCACACAGCAUCUGAUUUCUCGGUGCUAACCCGACAGCUGUGGGGCCCCUUAGGAGACCCCCUCUCAGCGGGCACGCUGUCCCUUUCCUCCCCAAACCGGAUGCCUGGGCAGGAGGGCCAGGGAUGGCAAAGCCCAGUCAGAGGUUGAGGUGAGGCCGGCCUCGGCCCCUCCCUCCACGUCAGGGAGGGUGGCAGGAGCGGGGCCAGAGGGCCAGAGGCCUGGCUCUUCCCACAAACUUUAGCACCCGACCGAAGCAGGUCCCCUUAGGCUCCACCUCGCCCCGGCUCCCUCCUCA